AUGCAUCCCGGUUGCAGAAAGCGAAGCCGAGGUGCAAAGAAACAACGUCGCAGUGGUGCAAAGAUACAACGUCGCAGAGCUGCUCGACGCCAACAUCAGAGAGCUCUUUCUCGUGAACGGCGACAGCAGCAGCAACAACCACCAUGGAUGAGAGGGCACCCUCUUGCCAUGACCCAGCGGAUCUUCGUGCUUCGACGGCAACAAGUAUUCCUGCUGUUGAUGCUGCAAGACCGACCAGAGCAGCAGCAAGAGCUAGAGCAGCGUCUUCAGCAAGCACAAGAAGAACUGCAGCAGUUGCAACAGCUGCAACAACAGCCUCAGGAUGAUGCAUAA